AUGCUCGAAGGAGUAGUCGCUGGCCUCCUCAAUAGAUUCCUAUCUGCCUACAUAGACAACCUAGACUACAGCCAGCUGAACGUCGGUAUAUGGUCUGGUGAUGUCAAGCUCAAGAACCUCAAGCUCCGGAAAAGCGCACUCGACAAGUUCAGGCUCCCGGUAGACGUCAACGAGGGCUAUCUUGGUGAACUCACGCUCUCGAUACCGUGGAGCAAUCUCAAGGGGAAGCCCUGCAAGGUCACUAUCGAUAAUGUAUACCUCAUCGCACUCCCAGCUGGGGCCAGCCAGUUCGAUCCAGAAGAAGACCAGAGGCGUGCACAGCAGGUCAAGCAGGAGCGUCUCGAAAGCGCAGAGAUCCUGCUCAACUCUCAGGCCAGCCCUGGGAUGUCUCCCGAAGAGGAGCAGAAGAAUCAGAGCUUUGCUAACAGCCUUAUGACUAAAAUACUCAACAACUUGCAAGUCGUCAUCAAAAAUAUCCACUUACGUUAUGAGGAUGAUAUCAGUGCACCUGGUUCAUCUUUCGCAGUCGGUCUUACAUUGGGUGGAUUCUCUGCUGUAUCCACAGACGAUAAUUGGGUCCCUACUUUCAUUGAAGAAGGCCAGACUGGUAUACGGAAACUCGCAAAGCUGGAAUCACUAGCCGCCUAUUGGGAUUCUGAUUCAACCUCCCUAGUCGGUCAUCCUACAGAUGUCGCGAUAAAGAAAUUCACAGAGUUGAUAGCCCAUAAGGAUAACAACCCUUCACAUCAGUUCAUCCUCAAACCAGUCUCAGGAGAGGGUCGUUUGACUAUGAACCAGAAUGUUGACAGUAUAUCCCCAAAGAUUGACCUCGAAUUGCUAUUCGACCAAAUUGGUUUCCUACUCGAUGAACAGCAGUACCGAGAUGCUCUCUUAAUGGUCGAUACUUUCCAUUUCCACAUCCGUCAAUCACAAUACAGACAUUUCAGACCAUCCGAAGAGGCCUUACUAGAAAAUAAACCCAGGGCGCUUCUCAAAUUCGCCGGUAAGGCCAUCUUAAAUGAAGUACAUGAGCGUAAUCGUAAAUGGACUUGGGCUUACUUCGCUGAACGCCGUGAUGAUAGACGGCUUUACGUAGAACUCUGGAAGGAAAAGAAAGAGAAUGAGCGCUUACAGAAACCUGCUGAACGGUCUGAAGAGCUUGUAAAAUUGGAGGAGAAACUCCGUUAUGAGGACAUUAGAUUUUACAGAUCAAUAGCCCGUUCGGAACUCCGAAAAGAGGCCCUCAAAAGGCAAGAAGAGCAGGGCGAAUCCGCACAUACGCCUUCACAAUCCCAGGCUCAACAAGGUUGGAUGGGUUGGGCAUGGAACGCCGCCUCUUGGGCCGUUGGUAGUGAGACACAAUCUGAAGAGAAUAAGGGAAAUUCAACAGCUUUGAGUGAUCAACAACGUAAAGAACUCUACGAUGCGAUAGAAUGGGAUGAGAAGCAAGCCCUCAGUUCAGCUGUGGAUUUGCCAAGAGAUGCUAUGAAGUUGCGUAUUAAAGCUAAACUCCAUACUGGAUCUUUAGCCUUAAGGCGGCCGAAAAUGAGCAAUGACGAUAUAGUAAGUGUCGUCUUUAGCGCUCUCACUGCCGAUAUUGUCAAACGAGUCGAUAACACUUCUGUCGCUGUCGGCCUUGGCGAUCUUAACGUUAGGGAUGCCACCAACCCUCGUACCGUCUAUCCUAACAUCGUACGUGUUAAGAGAGAUGUCAGUGGAGAAGUCAAAGAUCUAAAUGAAGCAGUAACUAAUUUGGCUAUUGAAGGCGAUAACGAUGUCGAUGGCAGUGAGAAAUCAGGAUCCGCAACUCCAACGCCUGAUGAUGACAAAAACAAGCAAUUCUUCUACUUUUUGUGGGAAUCUAAACCACUUGAUAACAGAGCUGAUAGCGCAUUACAAUUGAAAAUGCGUCAUAUGGAGAUUAUUUAUCAUAAAGGCUACGUAGAGGCAAUUCGUAACUUCUUCAAACCACCAGAGAGUAAAUUAGAAUCCAUUAAUGCCUUAAUAGACGUUGCUUCUGAAUCUCUUGAUAGUUUCCGUAAGCAAACUCGUGCGGGUUUCGAAUAUGCCUUAGCCCAACAUUCAACAAUUGAUCUCCGUGUUGAUAUGAACGCUCCUAUUAUUAUUCUUCCUGAAGAUGUUACUAACAAACGCACAAUGCAUCUUGUUCUAGACGCGGGCCAUAUCGCUAUUGAAUCCGACCUUGCUGAUAAGAAAGCAAUUAAGGAUGUCCGUCAUAAAGCACACAAUCAAGCUGAAUAUGGAGAGAGUGAUUGGAAGCAAUUGGAAUCUUUGAUGUAUGAUAAGUUCUUCCUUAAGUUGAAGUCUGCUCAGCUGCUUAUUGGUGAUGAUCUGCCAGUAUUGCUUGACGUAUUGGAAAAGAAGACGGAGAGUGAGAUUAAUUACAACAUAGUCGAAGAAAUCAACAUCGACCUCACAGUUCACAAUAGUAUCCUCCCGUCAGCGGUCAAUCUCGCCAGAUUCAAACUAGCAGGACACCUCCCGGAGUUGACGAUCAACAUCUCUGAUAAGAAGUAUCAAUCGAUGAUGGCAAUCAUUGAUGUUGCCAUACCACAUUUCGAGAAUGACAAUGGAAAGAGUCCAAAGAAGUCAACCCAGAGUACUGGACAGCAUGGACGUAGAAAUAGUAUAUUUGCUGCAGAUCUACCUGCUUAUGAUCUCGAUGUCCAUGAUGAGGAAAGUGAGAUAUCUGAUGCUGAUACAGCUGAAAAAUUCUUUGAAGCACCUGAAUCCGGUGCCGAUGAGGGAAGCUAUCGCCAACAAGUUUUCACGUUGGACUUUAGAGUCGACAAGCUACAAGCGAAUGCUUAUAGGAGUGGUCAAGAUGGACAGGAACGCCAGCUCGCAAUGGGUAUACUCAAGGGCUUUUACCUUGGUUAUGUAUACAGGCAACUCGAUAUGCACGUCGACGUCGUCUUGCAAUCACUCUCUAUUGUCAACAUUGAGAGAGAUGGUCAGCAUCUCCCAUUGAUCACUUCAGAGAGUAAUGAUCAACUUGCUCAACUAGUCAGAGUCAAAUAUGAUAGGGUACAAUCCGAAAGUCCAGAAUUCCAUUCUCAUUAUGAUGGCAUAGACCAAUCUGUUAAUGCUGAUCUCUCAACUAUCAACCUUCUCGCACGACCAGAGCCAAUUAUCGAGCUGUAUGCUUUCAUCAUGGAGACUUUCGUCGGUGGACGUAACACCAACAACAGCAGCGACGAUAAUGGCUCGAGUGAUGAGCUUGUCGCUAGUCCUUCAAAUUCUCAACUUGAAGAACAAAAGGAUGUUCCAUCAAGGAAGAUCAAGGUCGAUUUCAAACUAAGUAGUAUUGUUUUCAAAUUGGAUGAUGGAAUGAGGCAACUAGCAACAUUAAUCUUGUCAGCUGGUGAUGUCUCCAUUCUUUUGGAUGGUAGCACGAUGAAAGUUGCAGCUAAACUUGGUGGACUUGAAAUUACAGAUGAUAGUCAAAAAGAUGAAGAAUUCAAGCAGAUGCUCUCCAUCGAAGGCGAAGAACUGGCUGACUUUAAUUAUCAAACAUAUGACCCAAAUAGUGGUGAAUAUCCUGGUUAUAAUUCUGCUAUAUACCUCCGCACCGCGUCUUUGAAGUUCACUUUCAAUGAGAAACCAGUAAAUGAUGUUUACAAGUUCCUUAUCAAAUUUGCACGUCUGAAGGCAUUAUAUGACGCUGCAAGCAGGGCUGCUGCUGAUGCUGCUAAUGAGGCUUCUAGAAUGCAAUACGACGUGAGGGUUAAAGCACCAAUUAUUGUCGUGCCAACGUCAACACACGACAUGCUUACCAUGCGUCUUGGUGAAUUUGUGGCUCAAAAUACUUUCACAGGUGUCGAAAUUGGUGAUACUCAGAAUCUCCACACAGGUCUUCAUGGUAUUAAUCUCACAUCAAGGAUUAGAGAUGACGACGGUCUCACUGAAACACUUCCAAUACUCGACAAUGUCAAUCUUGACUUCAAUUUCGAGAUCUUUGACAAGGUUUCUAGUGGUGAGAAAGCGAGAAAUGCAAUGCAAAAGAUUCAUGGUCAUAUGACAGAUGUCAAAGUAGCCCUCACCCAAUCUCAAUAUGUAUCCCUUUAUGACCUCAGUAAGAGCAUUCCUGCUGCAUUCACUAUCGACGACGAGCAGUCUAUCGAAGAGGAUGCCGAAAAGUUGAGUAUUCCUACCGAGACCAAGAAGGCCGUUAUGAAAGAUCAGCAAUUUAAAUCAGUAACGAAGAAACCAUCCGUCGAUCUCAAUCCUGAAAUAAUGAUAAGCGAUGACUUGUGGACCACAACCGAAUUGUCGUUUGAUGUUGGAACUGUAUCACUUGAGCUGUUUACACCACUCGCGACAAGUGCUAGCAAAUUGAAGGAAAAUAGUAUAGCGAGGUUUGCUUUGAAUGACACAACUCUAAAAUUGAAGACGCUCUCAGAUGGCGCGAUGGAGAGCGAAUUGACACUCAAGAGUCUACGGAUGGACGAUACUAGGGCACAAUCUGCGACGAAAUUUAGGCAAUUGAUUCCACCUGCAGUUCAUGACGGUCAUCAAUUCAUGGUUCAUUAUAGUAAAUCAGGUGGUACAGAACAAUCCAGUUUGGCGCUAGUUACUAUUGACUCUCCAAAGAUUAUUUUCUCUGUCGAUCCACUUUUCGCUCUCACUGAGUACUUCUGGUCCGCGCUUCCGGUAGAGAAUGAACCCGACCAGCAAACAGAUCAUCAGGAGGACCUCGGGGAAAACCUCGAUGAUGACAAUGAUAACGAAAAUCUGGAAAGUAGCUCAACAAGACCUCCAGAUGAUAUCAAUCGUGAGCCUUCGUUCGCCUAUAGAUUGAACAUUGUCAAUACCUCUAUAAUCAUUCUUGCCAAUGAGUCAGAACCAACGACAGAGGCUAUUGAAUUGUCCGUUAAGCAGGUUUUGAUGUCGCAACAAGGCGUUAUUGCUCUCAAGGUCGAUAAAUUGGGUAUGUUCCUUUCCAGGAUGGAUAAACCAAAGGAAAAAUUGAGAUUCUUGGAUAAUUUCGAUUUCACCCUUAGUUAUGAUUCAAGAAAGGUCGAUUUAAGACAAAACACAUCAAUUGAAUUACGAGCAGAACCUAUUAUCUUUAGAGCAUCCUACAGAGAUAUUAUGCUCAUCACUGAGAUUUUCAAUAAAGCUGUUGAGUUGUCUACUAAAUCUCGACCAACUGCUACCUCAGGUGACCUUCGGGAGAGUGAAUCAUUAAGAAUGAUGCCAACUGACAGAAGUAGCUCACAGUUGGCACUCCCUGCCCCACCUUCUGCCAAACCUAAGGUUAUUAUCACGAAGGAAAAUCUUAAUGCUAUCUUUGAAGGUUUCCAGGUUGUUCUCAUUGAAGAUCUCCAUGAGUUACCACUUAUUCACUUCUACACUAAGAAAUUCAAUAUUGAGUUAUUCGACUGGAGUUCGGAAAUGAAGAUGCAAACAGCUAUAUCUUGGGCUAUCAAUUACUUCAAUCCUACUAAUUCUCAUUGGGAACCACUUAUGGAUCCAUGGGAGUUUACACUUAGGGGUGAACGUAGACAACCACCUGCGGGUAUGAACAUCACACUCUCAUCUAGGAAGAGAUUGGAGAUUAAUUUAACGUCAGCAUUCAUACAAACUGCCUUGCUAUUCUACUCGCUCGUUGGAAACAAUGCGACAAGAUUACUGGAAAAACCUCGAGGUAGUUCAGCACCAUUUUUGUUGCGUAAUCACACUGGUUAUGAUAUGGGUGUAUGGCCAACUCACGAAUCUGAAAGUGUCUCACCGUUAGCUAAUAAUACUGAAUUGCCUUGGCGUUUCGAAGAUUUGAGAACACUCCGUGAAGAUGUCAGUGCUUCUGGUCACAACAGUCUUGGUAUACAACUCGAUAAUACGAAAUGGGAGAAAAUUGGUAGAAUUUCUGUAGAUAAAGAGGGUCAACAAACUUACAUCCUCAAGUCGAAGAUAAGCAAGAUUUUACAUAGGGUUGUUGUGGAUAUAAAGCUACAAGAUACCUUCAAGGUAGUUACUUUCAGAUCAGCGUAUCUUAUUGAAAAUUCCACACAUCUGCCGAUCGAGGUCGUCAUCAUUGGUGGAAAUGGUAAGCCAACGAGUGCAUCGACGAAGGUCGUACCAGGUGAUAGUUACGCUUUACCGAUUGAAGCUGCUUAUGAGCAACGUAUAAAGCUUAGACCUGAUCCAGGAUUCGAUUAUGGAUGGAGUUCUGAAGCACUAUAUUGGCAGGACAUCAUGAAACGCCCUGCAAGGUCUAUCAGUUGCAAAUCUAACAACGCUGGAGAACCUUCAUUUAGGUUCCAAGCAUGCGCUGAUUAUGACCAAAGUGAUGAACUUACGCAGAUCUACCCACGCUUGACCUUGCGUUUGCGCGCUCCCAUUGAAAUUGAAAAUCUUUUGCCAUACGAUAUCAAGUUUAGAAUGUUCGAUAAGAAUACCAAACAAGAUUGGUCUUCUUUCCUUCGUCAAGGUGGUGUCAGUCCAUUGCAUCUCAUUGAACUUACCCACCUUGUUUUGCUCAGUGUAUCAAUUGAGAAUUCAGUCUUCUCACCAAGCGAAUUUGCAAUCAUUAAUACUGACAACCCUGAUGAUUUCCCAGUUGAGAACACUCUUAGUCUUUCAGAUCAAGAUUCACUCAAGCUUAAUGUUCGCAUACAUUACUACCGCUAUCCUAAAUCAGCUGGAGCGUUUAAGGUACAAAUAUACUCGCCUUACGUGUUAUACAACAAAUCUGGUCUUGACUUCGUUCUCCGCUCGAAAUCGCUCCUUGGAGCUGGUAAGAAUGUCGCCGGGCAGGAUCUUACAUCGUCUAAAAUCAAGAAGAGAGAGACAAGUCCAUUCAUGUUCUCACACAAUUCUGAUGAUAGACAGAAACGAUUUUUGUUGAAGAUUGGUGAUUCAAAUUGGUCGAAACCUAUCUCAUUCGAUGUCGCAGCUGCUGACACAGAGGUUACAUUGUCAGCACAAGGCGGAGAAAAUGUACAUAUUGGUAUGAGUGUUGUUGAAGGUAACGGUAAAUACAAGUUGAGCAAAGUUGUCACGAUCCAACCUCGUUUCCUUAUCAAAAGUCAAUUAAACGAGCCAAUAAACGUGCGCGUUGAUAGAUCAUCAAAUCUCGUUAAUUUGAAGUCAUUUGAGAGGAAGGCGUUGCACAGAUUGGAAGGUAUUGACGAAGACGAGCGUCAUUUGCUCAGAAUUGCUUAUCCAGGUACCCAAGAGUGGUCUGCACCAUUCAGCCUUACAGAUGUUGGUCCAGUCCAUUUGCGCAUGCGUCAUAGUGAUCGUACCGAACACCUCAUCAAAGCUGAUGUAUACAUUGAAGGACCUACUAUCUUUGUUUACCUUAAGAGAGACACCGACCCAUGGCCUUUCAAGAUUGAAAAUAAUAGUGAUUCAGGUAUUGAAAUUUGGCAAUCCACUACUGAAGGAUAUGACAAUCUUUCCAUGAUGCCUGGAUUGAAAUCCAAGAGAUACAGAGUUGAUCCACGCAGUUCCAUGGAUUACGCGUGGGAUGCUCCCGCCGAAACUGAUAAAAAGCUUCGCUUGAAAGCUCAAGGAGGUAAAGAACGCUCGAUCGAUCUGAUGGAAAUUGGUGCUCUUCCACCAUACCGCUUUGCUAGUGACACACUCUCUAUCGAUGUUAGAGCUGAUGGACCGCGUCAAAUACUCGUCUUAUCACAUUACUCACAGGAUGAAUCGCUCUAUCAACCACGCAAAAAGAGUGUUUCUAGAUCCGAAGCAUCUGAUUCUACAGCAGGUCUUUUCGAGGAGAAGAAUGUUGAGACUAUAAUGAAUACACAAUUCAAUUUGGAGUUGGAAGGUAUCGGUAUCAGUGUUCUCAAUAAAAGAAUGCAAGAGCUCUUUUACGCUUCUUUCAGAGGUAUUGGUAUGCAGUAUUCAGAUACUAAUAUACACACAUCCUAUAACCUUUCUUGCAAGUGGAUUCAAAUUGAUAAUCAACUCUUCGGUGGUCUCUUCCCAAUUAUCCUCUAUCCUACAACUCAACCUAAGGAUGGAAGAGAAUUGGAAAGACAGCCAACUCUUGAUAGUUCAGUCAUUGUUUCAAAAGAUUAUUCUCAUGGAGUUACUCGCAUUGAGUAUUUCUCUAUGCUUUUGCAAUCUAUGACAAUCGAAGUUGACGAAGAUUUCCUUAUGGCUUUGAUAGACUUCAGUAAAUUUGAAGGGCCUUCCUGGGAUCAACAACAGGAAGAUAGUUUGAAUGAGAAUCCAACUGAUAUCAUUGAACCUGCUGACCUUGGUAGUGGUAUGCAGUUAUAUUUCCAAGUUUUCCAUUUACAGCCAAUAUCACUCGAUUUGUCCUUCAUGCGUACAGACAGGGUAAACGUCGAUAAUAAGACGUCGGCACAUACACGUAACCCUGUUAUGUUCUUCAUUAAUGCUCUUACAAUGGCAUUGGGAAAUGUCAGCGGUGCACCUAUAAGACUCAAUUCACUUAUUCUACAAAAUGCAAGAUUUACAUCUGCGCUGUUAUCACAACAUAUUAUGAUCAAUUAUAGGGAGCAGUUUAUGUAUCAGCUCUAUCGUGUUCUUGGAUCGGCUGAUUUCCUUGGUAACCCUGUUGGAUUGUUUAACAACGUCAGUUCAGGUGUUGCUGAUAUCUUCUACGAGCCUUAUCAAGGUCUGGUUAUGCAUGGUAACAAAGAGCUUGGUAUUGGUAUAGCUAGGGGAGCAACUUCGUUUGUUAAGAAGACUGUCUUUGGUGUUACAGAUUCCAUGUCUAAAGUUACAGGAUCUAUUGGUAAAGGUCUCUCUGCUAUCACAUUAGAUCAGGAAUACCAAAGCAGGAGAAGAAUGACUCAACGUAGAAAUAAACCAAAACAUGCACUUUAUGGUGUCACAGCCGGUGCAAACGCCUUUGCAGUAUCAAUUGCGUCUGGAUUUGAAGGUCUUGCUUUGAAACCAAUUGAAGGUGCUCAAAGAUCAGGAGCUGGUGGUUUCUUCAAAGGUGUUGGAAGAGGAUUGGUUGGUGCAGUUACCAAACCUGUCAUUGGUGUCUUUGAUCUAGCCUCGAACGUGACAGAAGGAAUCCGUAAUACAACAACAGUUUUCGAUCCUCAGGAUAUUGAUAGAGUUAGAUUACCUAGGUAUAUUGCUGACGAUGGUGUCUUAAGAGCCUACAAUGAGCGUGAAUCUCUCGGACAAUCGUGGUUGAAGAAUGUUGAAAAUGGAAAAUUCUUCAACGAAAUAUACGUUGCCCACCUUAAUGUUAGGGGAACAGACGCAGUUUUGUUGUUAACAACUGCAAGAAUAGUAGAAAUACAAGUUAGGAGUCUCCAAUUACGUUGGGAAGUUGCUUUUGAUGAAUUACAUUCUAUUAGUCUUGAAAAUCAUGGUAUUAGCUUAAAAUUGAAAGGAAAUCUCGCUGGACCGUUUAUGCAUCUCUCUUCUCAGGAGAGUAGAACAUGGUUCUUCCAGCGUAUACAAUCUGUCGUCAACAACUACAAUUACGCGCGUAGUAAACCAAUUGAAAGACAACAGACCCCCCAUUAUCCAUAA